CGCUUGAGGGGAAGUGGAGGGUGGCGGUGUGAUGGCGGACGCGGAGGGGGUAGGAGAGAGCGGCGGGGCCGAGCUGUUGGGCGCCUGCCCCGGCGCGGACAGUGGGCACGUCUCCCAGAGCCACAGCAGUGCCUCCGGCCUCGGGGAACCGGAGGACGAGGACACCUUGGAGGCGUUGCUCAGCGCCACCGCCGCCGCCUACUCCGCGUACCUGCUGGCUGACCGCAGCCUCUUCAGCGAUGAGAUAGAAAGCUUAGACAAGAACCUAGAAGAUUUGCUGACCAGAGUGGAUGAAUUUGUGGGAAUGCUGGACAUAAUUCGAAGUGAUUCCUCUCAAGUUAUCAAUGAAAGUAUACCUGAAAUUUACACAAAAGCUACAGAAAUGAGACACAUAUACAGGAAGAUUGACAAGCUAGAGGCUUUUGUGAAGAUGAUCAGCAAUAGCGUAGCUGGACUGGAAGAACGGGUCACAAAGGCAGAAACAGACCUUGGAGCUUUUCCAAGCACAUUCAAGAAAAUCUUGCACACAAUCAGCAUACCAUCCUUCCUUAAUAAAUCAUCUUCCUCACGACAACAGCAGACCCUCUAUGAACCUCCAGUCCUCUUCAAGACUGAAGACUAUUUUCCAUGUCUUAAUGAAGCACCUUACGAAUGAUUUUUGCUUUGGGAUUGAUGUGAAUCAGCCAGAAUAGAGACAGCCAAGUGAACAAAAGGAAUGCUAGCCUCAAAAUUGCUGCAUUUUUGAACAUUAUCAGUGGCAUAUUGCCAUUAUGAUUCUCACUGUCUUCCUUCAGGCAGUAUUUUUCAGGUAAUCUUUUUUGUGUACAUUAUUUCAAAAGUCUUCCUAAAACACAUUAUAAAUUUUCAGAUUAUUUUGAGGAAGGAAUGUAAGAAUACUUUCACAUUAGAUUUUUUUCUUCCUUUUUAAAAUAGAUAAAUAAUAGGAAACAAUUUUAUAUAUAAAUUUUUUAACAAAAUACUUGUGCUGCUGCAAGUGUAAAUAGCUAUUCCACAAAGACAUGGGCCUUUGGUUUUUUGUUUGGUUGUUUCUCCCUCUGCAAUAUACUUUUCGGGGUGAAAGAAAAACUAUGCAUGAAAUAAUCUACUCCAAGUAUUGAAACCUGGUCCCUGCAGUUUGUACAAGGAAAUGCACUACAUUGGGAUGUAGAGGUUGCAAGGGGAGUACUUGGAAGUUCGGUGAGGAGUCAAGAGCGUGAAUCAAUGAACAUGGUCUAGUCCCAGUUCACAAAGCAAACAUCCUGCCCCCACUGAUGAUCAUCAUGUCGAAGUGACUUGAGAUUCUAAUUAUUGCAGCGUUGUAUUGUUUGAUGUGUAACCAGGUGGGCAUAGGAUAUAUAUGUUUAACCUGCUGUCAAAAAGUAUCUAAGUUGAGGCAGUGAUGUCCUUGGGCUGAGCCUCAAUCAGGUGCCUGGACAGACUGUCUGCUUUUCCCUCUCAACCCUUGGUAUGGUUACUGGGAUUCCCUGCUGAUUGCAGGGUGAGUAUAUUAUCAAUAAACUAAUAGCUAUCUAACCCCUGUUGUGAUCUUGCAUUUCACCUGACAGCUUCGAACUGCACCAUUGUUCCUGAAAACCUUCUUGCAUGCAGUCUCAUAUAGUGCAUAGCAGGUAUUACUCAUAAAUUGUUUUAUUCCUCUAAACAACAAUUUUAUCACUGCUGUUGUAGUACCAGUAUAACUCACUAGAAAUAUGCAAAAUUCAAAUAUCAGGGGAAUAAAGAAUGCAUUAGGGAGAAAACAUCUGGUGAUUUUGUGCAAG